AAUAGAAACAAUCUCCAAUGCUCCAAUGCUAGAUUCGGCCGUCGGGUCGGGUUCCUUCUGUGUCGCUUAGUGUAUGUGCGGUGGCAAGCGAAGUAACAUCGCGCAGCAGCAUAACACGCGCUCUGACCUUGGAGCUUGGGAAGGGUGGUUUUUGGUGUUUCGGUGUCGUGUAGUGUGGGGAAGUGAAUAAUCAACCAUGGAGGCCAUAUCGGAGGCGCUGCAGCCGUACAAGGAACAGGUGGGCAUGGCGGCCGGCAUCCUCACGGUGGGACAAAUGUUUAGCGGAUGCUUCGUGUGCAACGACAUCCGGAAGAAGGGCACUACGGACGGCUUCUCAGCGAUGCCGUUCGUCGGUGGUUGCGGACUCACUGUGCUCUUCCUGCAACACGGCAUGCUGAUGAACGAUUCCGCCAUGACCAAUGCGAAUCUGGUCGGUCUGACGAUCAGCCUGGCCUAUGCCAUAUUUUUCCUACUCUACACGCCGCCCACCGGGCGGUCUAGCUACUGGCGACAGGUCGGCGGAACGGCACUGUUCACGAUCACCCUGCUGGGGUACGUCAAGGUGGAGAACCCGUCCGUGGUGGAGGAUCGCUUCGGCAUGAUCAUUACCGUGCUGAUGCUGGCCCUGAUCGGGCAGCCUUUGUUCGGCCUGCCGGACAUCAUACGCCGCAAGAGCACGGAGGGCCUCCCGUUCGCCAUGAUCCUGUCCGGUACGAUCGUUGGGCUGAGCUGGCUGCUGUAUGGUGUGAUUUUGAACAAUGUGUUCGUGGUGUGCCAGAACCUGGCUGCCGUUACGCUGAGCGGCAUUCAAUUGGCACUGUUUGCGAUAUAUCCUUCGAAGGCAGCCGCUCCGAGCAAGAAGCGCGAAUGAACCAAAAGUAUUGUUAGUGGUAAUACUGGUAAAACGACUAGGAUUAAAUGUCAGCAGCUAAUGAAAUUAGCUCAUUCUAUGUGAUUGCCGUUACAAAACCGCUGCAUUUAUAAUGCAAUUGCCUAAAAACGCAAGAGUGAACCAUUGCAUUAAUGCAAGUAAAUGUCCGUACACAAGAAAUAACAAUCUGGACGUGCUAAGACUAUUUUGCAAUAAAUCAUCAUCUUUCAAUAAAUAAAACGAAAAAGGUAAAUAAUAAAACAUAUGAUCCUAAAA